AAAGCCUUCUUGGUUGUUAUCGAAACAAACAACAUCAGGCAUCGGCCGUGAACAUACGUGUUAAGUAAUUUAUCAAAAAUGAUGGAAAUUAAAUAUUUAGUGCUUCUUCUGGCGUGUUCUACUUGCACUUAUGGAGCCUCUUUCAUAACAAAAUGUAAGGGGGGUGAUUCAAAAUGUAUGAAGGAUUCUGCUCAAGCUGCCAUCCCUAUGUUCGCUGGUGGACUACCAGAGUACGGAGUCAAGUCCCUGGACCCCCUCCUCAUCAAGAAGACUGAUGCCAGCUCGCCCAACCUGAAGCUUGUUAUUACAGACUAUACCGUUACUGGGUUGAGGAACUGCGUAAUGAAGAAAGUCAAAUAUGACAAGCCUAAGUCGAAAAUGUUUUUGAAGCUUUUAUGCACUGGUCAGCUUGAAGGGACCUAUGAAAUGAACGGACAACUGCUGAUCCUCUCGAUUCAAGGAAAUGGACCGAUCCACGUCGCACUUCGUAAAGCUGAGAUAAGUGUGGAACUUGAUAUGGCUGAAAUCGAGAAAAACGGAGCCAUGCACUGGGACAUCAAGAACUGGAAACACAGCUAUGAACUAAAGGACCGAUCUGAUGUCGUGUUUGAUAACCUUCUCAGUGGAAGUGAUGUACUCGCGCAAGCAGCCAACGACGUUAUCAAAGAAAGUGGAAACGAAAUUAUCCUCGAAGUCGGAUCUCCAGUCAUUAGAGAUGUCGUCAAAGCUGUGGUUGAGAAUAUCAACGAAUUCUUCCACCAUGUACCCCUUAGUGAACUGACCUUGGACUAAAUUAAAUUAUUGGAUAGCUAUUAAACUAAAUUAAUUGGUA